UGCCCUCUGCUCUCAGACACUCUCCUUUGCUGCCACGGCCUACGCAGCAUCACCAUGUACGGCCGGAAAGGAAUUCCGACAGAGGUCACGUUGAACGUGUACGACCUGAGCCCCGUCAACGAGUUCGGGCACCCGAUCGGGCUGGGGGUGUUCCACAGCGGGCUGGAGGUAGACGGACGCGAGUACACCUUCGCGGGAGGGGGCGGGAUCUUCGACCAUGAGCCCAGAAAAGCGCCUGGCGCGAGGUUCCGGGAGGCGGUGAACAUGGGGUCCUUCACAGGGGGGUCGAGCUCCCUCAGCCGGGCGAUAGACUCGCUCCGAGAGGAGUUCGGUCCCGACCGCUACAACGUCCUGACGAGGAACUGCAACAGCUUCUCGUCCGCUCUGUGCGAGGAGCUGGUGGGGAAGCCCAUCCCGGGCUACGUGAACAGGCUGGCUUGGAUGGGCUCUUGGUUUUCUUGCCUGAUGCCGCCGGGCAUGCUGGGAGACGCGCCCGUAAACCAGGGCGGCUCGUCGUCGUACAACGCGGGCUACUCGAUGCUCGCACCCCCCGGGAGAAGCAGCGGCCCCGCCGCGGUCAGGGGGGGAGGAUCGAGAAACGCGUUCCAAGGCUCGGGGAUGACUCUCGCGGGCUCUGGAGGGAGUGCGGGGACAACAAGCGGCAGCAGCACUGGGGGGACGGGGACGGGCCGGGAGGGCGAGCUGUCAGACCGGAGGGAGCGGAUGCGCAUGGCGGCGUUGCGGCGGGCGGAGGCAGCAUCGGCGUCGGCCGAAGCGGCUGCCGGGAACAAUGGGGGCGGCGGCAGCGCUGCCGCAUCGAGUCUAAAGAUGUCGUGA